AUGGCAGCUGCCCCGCUAGAGAGCUCUAGCACCCCGCCUGGCGCUAUAUCGACAGACCCUACGCGACCCAAGAACGAUCCCAUGGAAGACUCCGACCCCCAGACCACCAGGAAACGCCCUCGUCUCGACAGCGGAAGUGGUGCCUGCGAAUCCUUGUCAACCGACGAGACUUCCGCCUCGCGAACGUCCGACUCGACAGCGGCUGCUCCUGCCGCGCCGGACCAGGAAGCUUCCGUGUCGACACGCCCAGCGAGCAGAGUUACCAUCAACAUGAAAUCCCCAACCUCUGUCGACAUGACAGCGGAAUCUGUGGAUUCUACCUCUCCCGAGCAACUCGGCGCCGAACCAGCCGCGCAGUCGACCGACCCAGAUGAUGCUCAUGCACCCAAUGUUAUAUCGCUCUCAUCCUCGCCCGCACAAAGUCCAGAGAUCGAGGUGGCUGAGCUGGAGGAUAUGGAUCAAGAACCUGAUGUGUCAAACUGGAGGACGCUCGGGGAGGCUUUACGAGACCCUGUCACGCCGGAUGUGGUACAACUCCAUGAUCAGUUAUUGUUGACUGAAACCUUCCCCAAGAUUAACGAGAACCUUGACUUGAGGGAAAAUGUGGAAGAAAUAUGGACGAUAAUUGAGAAAGGGCCUCCACACGAUGUGACUGUUUUUCUUGCGAUGAAAAACUGGCUAGAAGACUCAGUGAGUAGCCUUAACCAGCUCACAUAUGAGGUUUGGAUCGACGACCGGGAUUUUUGGGACGAAAUUCCUAUCAUGUUAGAAUGCUUGCUGCGCAGGGUGCAAGAUUUUCAACCGGAUGAAGGCCGCGGGCCAUGGGAUUGCUUUGAAGAGUUCUUUCUUUCCUAUGCCCGGCUUACACUUCACAUGGUGCGUUCGGACACACUGGCCUUGAGCCAGUUAAUCGAGGAUCCGGACACCCAGGCACCAGAAUUGAUGUCGAGAGCCUACCUGCCGUCGCUGGCUUGGAUACUACAAAUAGGAAACAUUCCAUUUUUCCGUACCAUGGAAAAAGUCCAUGGUUCGGAGCUUGCCAAUCUUAUCACUCGGCUCAACGACCAAAUUGCGGCGCCUCCAUUUGAUGUCAUCCCACAAUUAUCUGAAUACACAGUCUGUAUCAUGGCUCUUAUUUCACGGUGGCCGCAAUUGUCGUCUCCGUUAACUCAUAUAAUGAACAUUGCGCACAAUAUGGUUGAAUCGGGAAAUGAACGGAGAAAACACCACGCGGAUGAUGCUCUCAUCAACUCACCUGUCUAUAUUCGUACCAUGAAAGCGGCCUACAAUCUCGUUCGAGCCGUGGACGAAAAGUAUCAGGUGCACAUCACUAAAAAAUGGCCAUAUGUCACGAAUGAUACUGGCGAAUUGAUGCUCCGCAAUAUUUCAUCUACCUAUUCUGCUGUCUGUCAGCGUGAUCCAGCGCUGACGUUGCAGCUAUCGGAGGAUCUUUCGAUAGAUUUGCCAGACGACGCAGCAUCCGACGAGUACCCUUCUAUAAUUUACUAUGGAUGGAGGUUUUCCGUGCUCAAGAAACACAUUAUGGAUGGCCGCAUGGAAUUGAGGGUCCAUGGCAUGGAGACUAUGCAAACAGAUCUAGUUCAAGUUUGGAGGCAACACAUCCAAAAUAAUCCCAGGGGCAUUGAGCACGCUGUAGUUCAAUACCUGGUCAGAUUCCUCAGAGACAACAAGAUCGUCGAUUACAUUGUGGGCAUAGAUUCACACCCGCAACUGAUAAGCAGAAGCGGCAACAUCGUCGGUUUUUUGGUUGUCACAUCUACAUACACCGAUGCUGAUACAGAUACAAUUUGGGAGACAGUGACACAAAGCCAGGAUCCGCGGACGGUAUCUGAGGUGUUAGGAAUGCUCACCAAAACAUUUCCUAUGCACAUGCCCGGUUCUCCCUCGCUGCUUUAUCUAUGCUCAAAGCUCCUCGAUUUGCCAUUAAACCGUUUCGAUGCCAGGAUGGUGGAUUUUUGUGAGCAGCUUCUUUACCAUGUGCGGGAAAAACAUGAGAGAGUCCGUCAUGAUACUUUGGAUAUUGUGCAUGUCGAUGCUAUUCCACUGCAGCUAUGUGUGCGUCUCAUUCGUGAAAGUGCCGCAUUUGAUGAAUUCUCUGUGGAACACAAGGCUAUUUUACAAAGAUUUGCUAGUUCUCAACUUAGCCAAUUCAUCAGGGUCGGACUGAGCGAGGCAGAAAAAAUGGAUACCUACGAACGCUGUAUCCAGGAUAUUGCUGAAAUGAACCAGUUUACUGUUGGCAGUAUACAGGCUUUGAAUGCUCUGUGUCCAACUCAUGAUAUCCAGGAAAUUCGGAAGUUGGCCACGGAGUUUGACUUGACGCACUUGGUGAUAGCCGAAAUUGCCCAUGCUGUGGAUUUGAAGCAAACCGACUUCACCGACUCAUUCUCAAGAACUGGCUUGAUGACCCGGGUUCAUAUCUUGGCUCGGAUUAUUGACAAGGUUCCGGACACCAUCACAGAGGAUUUAAGUGAUGUGCUGUGGAGAAAGAUCUUCAUGUCCAAGGAAUUAGUGGAGCACGGGAGGCGAACUUUAUGGGACAUGCUAUGCACCUUGACAAGCAACAGCAUGAAGCGAAACCCGUUCAUUGAGCGGUGCAUUCAAGAAUAUCUCCCCGAGCUACUACCAGAGGAGUAUUCCCCAGAGGUGCUUUCUUUAGCCAAGCAGGCUAUUGCUUAUGAGGUUCGGUUUAACCCGCCGCCAACUGCCGGCGAGAAAGAAGUCGUCUCGGUUCCUGGAAUGGACCGAAUCUGGAGUUUCAUACUGACUGCUCCACCUGGAUCUAUUGAAACGGACGCGGCCAAUUUCGCCAUCGAGGUCUACUUAGAUCAUAAUGUGAUCACCCGAUCUCCUCGGUCGGCGGUGGAAGCCACCCAUAUUGCUCUGGUAGAUCGUUGUGUAGAUCAACUCAAGUCUGCAGCCAUAAAGUUAAAGUUACCAAAGGAGCCUGCAGUAAACGGGCAGAAAGAACCAAGGAAACUGGCCGCUGAGGGUGAGAUGCAUGCCGAAGAACUGAGAUUUAGCCGGUCUUUGCUAUUUCUUCGUCAAUUUCUACAAGGUCUGAGGACUCGACCCCAGUACAGCCCCCCACAAGGUCCGCCUCCCGAUUUGCCUCGGAGGCCCAUCAAAGGCGAGCCUAUCGAUAUCUCCUACCAAGCCUUUAAUGGGGGUCUUCAUUCAAAAGUGAGCACCAUGCGGAUUGGAGACCUUUCAACUGCGUCCAAUCUCGUCGAUCGGCUUGUUCAACUCACGGGCUUUUCCAAGUUCAAAACGAUUUAUGGCGGACGGAGAAUCGAUCUUUUGGAGAAACCCGAGUCCACCCUUCGAGACCUAAAGAUUCGUUCGGGGCUCCUCAUCAUUCGCAAAGACGCGGAUAGUCAUGAGGUUUCCUUGGCAGGUAGACGUCAAUCCUUGACACUAGUUGAUUCAGAAGUGCUGAAGCAUUUUGACGAUCUUUAUGAUCUUCUCGGUCUUGAAGAUCAUUUGGCCCGAGAGAUCUACGACUUCCUUGUUGUUUUCCCUCCCCAGGAGCGGGUUCUACAGCUCGUGAAAUCGGAUGAUAAGACCGACCAGGACAUCUUUCCCAUUGAGAAGCCGUAUAGCUUUCUUUACUCGGUAAAUGCGCUUUCAGUAUGUCUCAGAGAUCAAGCGCUAGAAGCAUCGACAAAUGACGGAUUUGUAUCGCACAGUGUGGUUGUUCUCAAUGCAGCCUUAACACGCCCUGAAAUGUCUGAGCUCGCAAACAACCCCACAAAAAUUUUGUUUGCGACUAAUCUCGUCGAAUGUCUUCUCUUCGCUCUCCUAGUGAAACCUCCCGUUGCCGAAAGUGCGUCGAUACUCUCAGAUCCAGCACCUUUAGUACGACAGUUGGUGUAUUUUAUCGAAGUAGGGCAACAAUUGCCCUCUACUUACCUCCCUCAAUCUGGUGUUCACAAAUUGAUAUGUAAUUCAUUUGCUGUCUUGACGGAGGGAUCCUUGCGUGACCACAAAUUUUGGGACGUAAUCAAACAGCAUGCCCAACUUGAUCGACUCAUUUUUUCUCUACUACUGGAAGAAAACCGCCAGGCCAUCCGAAAAGAAAUUGCGGAAAAUAUAGCGGUUGCAUGCAGCCCUUCGAAACUGCUGAAGAAGUCUGGCAAACCUGGCCAGGAAGAGCUACAAGGGCCCCCAGCUCUCGAAAACCCGACCAGGAUUGGUAUUCUUGCAACAAUUUGGGAUGCUUUCGUUCAGACCUUACCUCAGACCUUAGACUAUGCACAGCAGUCGCAAGAAUUCUUUCAAGUCGCCAUGUUGGUAUUUCAGUCUGUCGCAGAAAAAUCACCACGGGACCUGAUAUUCGGUGAAUAUCUGAGGCAAUGGAGUGGCAUCAUGCUGAGCCAUCGAACCGAGGAGUUUGUUGGACGGGAACCUGUCGAUCAUCUAAUACUAGGGUUCUCUCGCCUGCUGAGGUCAUGUCUCGAUCUAGCCAACUCUACCAACGCCUCAAUAGACACCUUCAACCUCACCGAGAGUCUGUUUGACAGCUAUCUUUUCCCUAAUUUGUCUAUGCCUUCCGACACCCCAAUCGUUCCCCAGAUACCGGUAAUGCAUGCACAGACACGCCAAGAGCUUUACGCUAUCCUUAGUCUACUUUGCAAGGACGAGCGCAAUUAUAUGAAGGUGGUAGAAAAUCUGGAAGAUAUUAUACCAGCCGAUUACACCUACUCGCCAACAUGGUGUUUCGAUCGAUAUAAAAUGAUCCGGUCCCCAGAGGGUUACGCAGGGCUCAAGAAUCUAUCCAACACCUGUUAUCUGAACUCUCUUCUCACACAGCUGUUCAUGAAUGUAGGAUUCAGGGAUUUUAUGCUUCAGCUUCAAAUCACCGAUGCACAAUCUGCACAAAGGCUUCUGGGAGAAACCAAAAAACUUUUUGGAUACAUGCAAGAGACAUGGCUCAAGAGCGUGGAUCCUCAGGGACUAGUUGACACGAUUCGGACUUACGACAAUGAACCAAUCGAUGUUACCAUACAGAUGGAUGUCGACGAGUUUUACAAUUUGCUGUUCGAUAGAUGGGAGGCGCAAAUUCAUGAUGCAGAGAACAAAAGGAGAUUUCGAUCGUUUUAUGGCGGCCAACUGGUCCAGCAGAUCAAAUCAAAAGAGUGCCCUCACAUUUCUGAGCGGCUGGAACCGUUUUCCGCUAUCCAAUGCGAUAUAAAGGGAAAAGCGAGUCUCGAGGAAAGUUUGCAAGCGUAUGUCGAGGGUGAAAUCAUGCAAGGUGACAACAAGUAUUCGUGCACUUCCUGUGGACGCCACGUUGAUGCUGUGAAGAGAGCCUGCUUGAAAGAGGUUCCUGACAAUCUCAUCUUCCAUUUGAAGCGGUUUGACUUUGAUAUGGUUACGAUGAUGCGGAACAAGAUCAACGAUGAAUUCCAAUUCCCCGAGCACAUCGACAUGAGCCCAUUCAAGGUUGAAUAUCUUUCUGAGCAGGACACAGAAGUCCCACAGGAUGUUUUUGAACUAGUUGGUGUUUUGGUACAUAGCGGUACUGCCGAGUCUGGACAUUACUAUUCCUACAUCCGUGAAAGGCCUACGACCGGCUCGCGAGGAUCAUGGGUUGAGUUCAAUGACUCGGAUGUCAGCAGAUUUGACCCCUCAAAAAUUGCAGACCAGUGUUUUGGUGGCUAUAACGACUCCGUUCAUCCUGGCUCCAUGGGUCAAGUCAGGUUCAAUAAAGUCUGGAACGCUUACAUGUUGUUCUACCAACGCGUUUCCAGUAUGGAUUCAGCCAAAUCCAUUUACAGGCCCACCAGAAACAACAUCCCCGUCCGUGUCCCAUUACCAUUGUCUCUCGAAAAUCAUAUUACCAUGGAAAAUGAGGUUUUCAUAAGGACCUACUGUCUUCUGGAUCCGUACCACGCUCUUUUUAUACGAUAUCUCCUUUGCCGGCUCCCUGAAACUAUGCAUUUAGAGAAUGGGGGAAAACCCAAAUUGGACAAACCAGUCAUUUUUAUUGCGCUAGACACGCUGGAGCAACUGAUAUCGAGGUGCAGGGAGCCUUUGGGGUUGGAUGUCAUUGUGUCAGAGCUUUUCAAAGCGAUCAACGAGAGCCCAAAGGGUGCGCACAGAGUCCUUCAGUGGACUUUGGAACGACCUACAGGGAUUCGAAACCUUGCCCUCAAAAGCCCACAUGCCUCUGUUCGAAAUAGCUCGAUCAGAAUAAUUGUGGCUGCUCUCGUAAAGCUCCAAGAACUCAGGAAUAAUGCCGACUUGGACAAUCUUGAAAGAGAAAGAUGGCAAAUUCGGUACUUGGAUGCGUUUGAAAGUACUGUGGCCACGUUGGAGGGUCUAUGGUCAACCAUUCAUACUGUGAGCCGCUCGUGGGACGACUAUUUUGAGUUCCUGUUAAUGCUAGCUACAUUCGGACCCUACGAGGCUGGCGUGCUACUCAAUAACGGAUUUCUUUUGAAAUGCCUGGAGAUCGUUUGGCUUGAUCGUGAAGACACCAAGAAGUUGAAGCGGCAAUAUGUUGCGUAUUCCAAGCUCGUUGAGAAGGGUCGGCGAUUCUCCCACAAGAAACUCAUGGAUGUGUUAUUUAUCCUGUUGAGCAACAUCGACCUCAGGGUAGCACCGACAUCCGACGAUGAACGACAGGCCCUCUCAGACGGGAAAUAUUCUCUCACCGCAGCAGAAAGCACUUUUAUCAGGCCUCUCGGUAAAAACCAAGAACUCGCGUUUUUGAAGAAAUUGCUGCAGCAGUACAGCAGCCCGCAGGCAUGUAAAAACAUGAUGGGACUUCUGCUGGACGCGGAGCCCGAGGCUGGCCUUAUGGAUGCGAUCUGCAAAGUCUUGGAGGAUGGAUUGAGAGUUGCACCGGCGGAGCUCUGUACUGCAUUUUUGGAUGCAACUCUGAUAUUUUGUCGACGAAGUCCCGACGAGAAUCGAAUUCUCGCCUUGAUCGACUUCGUUGCCAAAGGGGUGGAAUCUAUCAACAACAGCGGAGGCAAAGAGCAUCUUGCAUUCUUCACAAACGCCAUGUCCCUUCGCAACGAACGCCUCGGACUCAACGAGAAUUGGUUCUUGUCGCAUGUGAUAGAAAAGAUUCCGGACUGGGCUCCGACAUUACUCAUUUAUCCCGACAAGGCAAUCAGGAACAUGACAUUGGAAGUUCUCCGCCAAAUACUGUUUAGUGGGACGACGGACGAAUUGAUAGACGACUGGCAGUCACGCCUUGGUGGUGCUGCCAAGGAGCUUGUGCAUGCAUCUGUUGACAAGUUAAGGAGGACAUACCUGGCUGUCCCCGGCCAUAAUGUGGAGGCAAGGGUUGUAGAGACGAUAAAAACCGUCAUUGACCACUGCCUUGUCGCGUAUUUUGGCGACAGCGAGGAGGACCAGGAGUUCGUUCGUCAGGCACAUGCUGUAUCCACUGCCAUCGACGAACUGAGUGUCGAUUUGCCCGAGGAGCUGGCUUCUGAAUCUGAUUUACCUUCUCCAGAAGAUUGGGAGGACAACUCGAUGAUGGCGAGCGACUCGGAGAUGGGCCUGGCGGGGUCUCCUUGA